AUGGGGGUGGCGGGGCGGCGGGUGUCGCCGGUUCUGGUGCUGGCGUUGGUGCUGGCGCUGGGCGCGGCGGUGCGCGGCGGCCCCGGGCCCGUCACCUGCGGCUCCGUGGUGAAGCUGCUCAACGUGCGGCACAAUGUCCGUCUGCACUCGCACGACGUGCGCUACGGCUCCGGCAGCGGGCAGCAGUCGGUGACCGGGGUGUCGGCGGCGGAUGAUGGGAACAGCUACUGGCGGGUGCGGGGCCGCACGGCGGCCGUCUGCGAGCGGGGCACGCCGGUGCGCUGCGGGCAGGCCAUUCGCCUCACCCACCUGGGCACCGGCCGCAACCUCCACAGCCACCGCUUCGCCUCCCCGCUCUCCGGAAACCAGGAGGUGAGCGCGUUCGGGGAGGCCGGCGAGGGCGACUACCUGGAUGACUGGACGGUGGUGUGCAGUGGGACCUACUGGGCGCGGGACGGCGAGGUGCGCUUCCAGCACGCCUCCACCGACGUCUUCCUCUCGGUGACGGGGGAGCAGUACGGGCGGCCCAUCCACGGGCAGAAGGAGGUGCACGGCAUGGCCGCCUCCAGCCAGAAUAACUACUGGAAGGUGAUGGAGGGCAUCUUCAUGCAGCCCAGCGAGGUCUUCAAAGCGGAGCGGUACCACGCUGAGUUGUGAUGGACAGACAGACUGCCGCCGAGCCUCUGGGCGCUGCCCUGCAGUGUUCGGGGCUGCUCAGCCUGGGGGACGGCCCCUGUCCCCACCGGGGUCUGACAUGCCAGGACGCAGAGCCCCAAAUCCAACACGAAGCAGAUCCCAACGUCCUGAAUUCGAUGUGGAGCAGAUCCCGGUGUCCCAAAUCUGACACGAAGCAGAUCCCAACGUCCAGACCUGACCCAAAGCAGAGCCCAACAUCCAAGAUCCAACAUGAAGCAGGUCCCCACGUCCUAAACCCAGCCCAAAGCAGAUCCUAACAUCCAGACCCGACCCAAAGCAGAGCCCAGCAUCCGAGAUCCAGCACAAAGCCAAGCCCAAUGUCCAGACCUGACCCAAAGCUGAGCUCAACAUCCAGAGCAGGUUCCCAAACUCCCCAGCCCUUCCCUUGUAGCUCCCUCCUCCGUCCCCUCUGGCCGAGGAACCCCCCCCAAAGGACUGCUGUCCCCCGGGAGCUGUGCUCCGGUUCCCCCCCCCCCCGCUGUACCCCAAACCGCUCCCGGUGCCCGGCAGGGGCCUGGGGCCAUAAAAGGGCUGAAUCCUC